AUGGCCACGGAUCUCGAUGAUUGGUCUGAAGAGAGUUCCUCCUCAUUUGCACCGCUUCCGCCGCCUCGGUCUCCGUCGAAUCAGUCGGAGUUUUGGAAGAGACUUGAGGAAGCAACCCGUGAAAUUAUAGAGCAGGUUCAUCCAACACUUGUAUCUGAGGAUCGGAGAAGAGAUGUGAUUGAUUAUGUGCAAAGACUAAUCAAAAUGACACUUGGUUGCGAGGUACAUUCUUUUGGAUCGGUGCCAUUGAAAACUUAUCUUCCUGAUGGAGACAUUGAUCUCACAGCUUUUGGUGGACCGUGUCACGAGGAAGAACUAGCCCUCAAGGUUUUCUCUGUACUUGAGAGAGAAGAACAUAAUGGGGGUGCCCAUUUUGUGGUUAAGGAUGUGCAGUUAAUACGGGCAGAGGUUAAGCUUGUUAAAUGUCUGGUGCAAAACAUUGUGGUUGAUAUCUCUUUCAAUCAGCUUGGUGGGAUUUGUACUCUGUGCUUUCUCGAGAAGAUUGAUCACAUCAUUGGAAAGGACCAUCUCUUCAAGCGAAGUAUCAUACUCAUUAAAGCUUGGUGCUACUACGAGAGCCGUAUUCUCGGGGCUCCUCAUGGAUUGAUCUCAACUUAUGCUCUGGAGACAUUGGUCUUAUAUAUCUUCCAUUUCUUCCACUCAUCAUUGAAUGGUCCACUAGCAGUUCUAUACAAAUUCUUGGACUACUUCAGCAAGUUUGACUGGGAUAACUAUUGCAUUAGCCUGAAUGGUCCCAUCUGCCUUUCCUCCCUUCCAGAAAUUAUUGUUGAGACCCUGGAAAAUGGCGGGAAAGAUCUGUUGCUGACCAGUGAGUUCCUCAAGGAAUGUUUGGAGAUGUACUCUGUACCUUCACGAGGAUUUGAGACAAACCCACGUGUAUUUCCACCGAAGCAUCUUAACAUAGUUGAUCCGCUUAAAGAAAAUAACAAUCUUGGUCGCAGCGUAAGCAAAGGUAACUUCUACCGCAUACGAAGUGCAUUCACAUAUGGUGCUCGGAAGCUUGGGCAAAUCAUUUUGCAGUCAGAAGAAGACAUAAGUUUUGAGCUUCGUAAGUUCUUCUCUAACAUGCUACACAGGCAUGGAAGUGGCCAGAGGCCCGAUGUCCUUGAUGCUGUUCCAUUUAUAAGGUACAACAGGUACAGUGCCAUAUCGCCAGCUUCAACUGCCAACCAUUUUCAAGAAGGCGCAGUGGUUUAUGAAUCAGAAUCCUCCAGUUCAUCUGUUGCUGCUGGAAAUGGUAGACAUGACCAUGAAGACUCGUUGUAUGCAGGAGUCGAACCAUCAAGUACAUCUGGGCUUGAUUUAUGCGGAUCACCUGGUGAAACAUCCCCAGAGGUUUCAGAGGAACGAUUUGCAGGAGACGCUAAAGACUUGGCUACUGUGAGGAUCCAAAAGCUUGAUAUUUCCGAUGAUGUAAUGAAAUCUCCGUGCCUUAGUGAUAAGGAAGGUGUCUCUCCUUUGAAUGGUGAACAUAAUUCUCUUCAUCAGAUGAGAAAUGGAGAAAUUUUAAAUGGAAACGGAGUUGAGAAACAGCAAGAGAAUCAUAGGCUUGCUGAUUCCAGAAGAAUUAAAGAUAGACAUAGUAAUGAGAAUGAGAACAAACGACUUGGUCAUGAAGACCUGCCGUUCACAGGAUCAGUUCACCACGCUACCCUCAUGAACCCGGUAACUUGGCCGCAGGAAAACAUGCAUCUCCAUUACUCAGGUCAUUGUGCUCCAGGCACUCCAAAUUUGCUGUCUGACCUCGCAGGGGAUUAUGAUAGUCAGCUUAACAGUUUGCGAUAUGGGCGCUGGUGGUUUGAUUAUGUCCAAAAUGGUUCUCCGUCUCCACUAUCUCCCCCAGGGCUGUCUCAUCUUCCGAACAACAAUUCGUGGGAAGUAAUUCGACAUGCACUGCCAUUCAGGCGGAAUGCAUCUGGUCCAGUAAACGCCAAUGGAGUUGUCCUGAGACAGGUUUUCUUUCAUGUGAAUCCUCAGAUGAUUCCAGGAGCUAAUUUUGUCGAGGAAAUGCCUAAGCCAAGAGGAACUGGAACAUACUUCCCCAAUGCGAACCACUACAGGGAUAGACCGUACUCCCCAAAAGGAAGAAAUUCACACCAAGCUAGGUCGCCUCGUAAUAACGGCCGAAGCAUGGCACACUCACACUCAGAAAUGAAUUUCCCUGACAGAAACGCUCGUGAGAAUUUCCCUGACAGAAACGCGCGUGAGCGACAGCUUCAUCAUUUAAACCAAACAAAUGGUUCGUGUGACGAGAGUCAAACUGAUUCACUUGAAAGCUUUCCCGAUUCUAAUGGCUCUGCAAAUCAUCCAUAUGAGAAGGCUCCAGAUUUUAGGUCUACAGAGCCUCUACCAGCAGAACUACUCUCCCCUCCCGAUGGGAGCAUGCAAAGAGAUAUAAGCAGUGGAGGUAAUCAUAAUCGACCACACCGCCCAAAAUCCUCCUCCACGCAAGAAGAUCGGGUAAUGCCUACGCAGUCAUACCAUUUGACGGAUGACCAGGAGUUCCCUCCUUUGUAG